AGAAUACCCACCUCUCCAAGCCAAGAACCGUAACUUGUUUUACACUCAGCAGAAGUGUAGGCGUCAAUGAAAGUUAUGAAACACAUCUCCUGAUCUCCCCCUCCGAUUUCUGUAAUAAUCUUAUCCACAGAUUUCCUCGAUAUCUUCGCCAAUUCAAUAAAACACGACUGACAGAGACACAGAACCCAACUCCAUAAAGCAAUCCAAAGCAAUCUCUAAUCUAAGGCCUUCCCCUAGGUCUCAGAUUACUUACCAACUGCCACACCCAGAUGAUGUUCGGCGGCAGAAGCAUGGGCGGCGGUGGCGGAGGAGGAAGCAUGUUCCGUACAGUCAGUAGGGCGGCGCUGACCAGAACCACCGGUGUUGCAAUCCAAGAACCCAUCUCAUCUUCUAGUUCCAACUCCAACUCCAACACCACAACUGCUACCAGUCCUACGUCUUCUAGAAAUACCCAGAAGCCCGGUUCGGUCAGUAACCUUUCUCUCUCUACUCCUACCUCUCCGAACUGUGGGCCUGUUCCUGCGAGUUCCGGCGGGCCCAACUGGCCCACCUCGCCGCAGUUUGAUGAUUGCGAUUGGGUUUCUGUGGAUGGGAGUGAAGAGGUUGAGAAAGCUCAUGGCUUUCUCGAUGACUUUGUUCUCGGACCUGUUCCUUCCGGAGAUGAAGUUCGCAACGCUGUUUCUGCUCUUCAACAGGUGUUCACUCCAACUCAUCACCCCCAGUUCAUCCGGGAUAAGUUUGGUUCCGAGUACUGGGACAAGGAUGUAACUGAUCAGAUGAUGAGUGCUUCUGGUUCCAUGCGUAGAGUAUCUUCAUUUGUAUCCGAACAAGAUUGGAUAGAGCCUUCUGCUCAUCUUUGUGAUUCCCGGCCUCAGGGAUGUCAAAGAGUUUAUGAGGCCUUCAGUUUAUUGCAGAAUGAGUCAUCUGUUCAGAAAAUGGUGGUUUCACUGUCAUCUGAUAGAGCAGUUUGGGAAGCUGUGAUGAACAAUGAGGUAGUGAGGGAGCUCAGGGAAUCUUUCUGUGCAGCUGAAGAGAACAGUUCCGAGAGCCCAUCUGAAGAUACUGAUGACAGCAGUACAGCAACAAACUUUUUGAGGUGGAUCUUUCAAAAUACUGUCGGAAAGGUAAUGGAGGUAAUAGAGAACAUUACUAAGCUUUUUGAUCACUUGUUUCAACCUCAAAGCAAUGGCAAGGCGAAAACUGAAGCUGGUAAUCUAUUUGAGGAGAGGCUGAGAACAUCGGUCAUGCUCUCUGUCGUGGUCCUCUUGGUUGUGGUGGUUACUCGAUCCCACAGUGCUUGACCAUAAUCCGUUGACAUCACAGGUGGAAUUUCCCCAUAGAUUGGCUUUCUGUUAUAUUUUAAUGUAUCUAGACACAUCUGCUGUUUCAACUCAUCUUUUUUUUCCCGAUGUUCAAGUCUGGCACAUAGAGCCGGCAGAGGUUUCUGAUAUGGGGCUGUAUGGAAUAUUUGUAGUGUUUUAGUGAACUAGUGGAUGAUUGAAUAUUUCAUUUGUGAUA